AUGAGACAAAAUGAAACUUUUCACCUACCUCUAACAACACAUGCCUACGUGCUCGAGCCACAGUUUAUUGCAAAUACACGUAUCGUUGGAAUUGUUUACGCGGCGAAAGUGAUAAUACGGAAACGGCGCGUCAUAGAAGCGGUCGUCUUGCACGCGGUUCGUGAACUACUCGCCGUAUCCGUUUCUCCAGCUGAGGUGUCGCGAGGAGAAAGUGGUGGCCGUGGAGCUCCGUCUAGUGGUGGGGACGUGACGUAG